AUGCAAACAAAAACUCUUCUUGCUUUAUUUUUUACUAUCGUUGUACUUCUAAUCGAAGCCAAUGAUGGUGCACCAGCAGCUCCAAAGCCAGUAGCAGCUAAAGAAGACUCAAAUAAGCCUGUCAUUAAACCAACGCUUCCUGGUGGUCGUUCAGCAUGGCAAACAAAUAUUGAUGCACACAGUAAAAAAUUAUUCAAUGAUCAUAAAUCAAUAAUAUCAAAAAAACUUCAAAGUGUUCAUAAAGUACCAGCAAAAUUUCAACUUAAACCAUCGAAAGUAGCAACACAAUCUGCUGGUGGCAUCCUCUAUCAUUAUUUAGUUAAAGUACCAAAAAAUAAAUAUGCAUACGUAACAAUUCAUGCUCCUCCAGCAAGCAAAAGCAAUCAACUUCCAAAAGAAGAAAAUGUUAAUGUAAAACCAGGACUUUAUGGAUUAAAGGAUAAAAAUAUUUAA